GUUAUUUUAUGUUGAGUACAUUACAAAACUCAACUGAUUAAAAAUUUUUUGUACUAAAUUUAUUUUAUUUGAGAUAUUAAAAUAUAAAGAGACUUGGGAUGAGUAAUAGUUAUUUGAAUUUUGUUGAGGUAUUUUAUGCCUCCAACAAUAACCUACCUCCAGUAGAGGUUGCGAAAGCAGCUCGCGCGCACUGGGAAACUUUACCAUCUAAAGAAAAACACAAGUACCAUAUGGAGAGCAAUGAGGCCGCUGAGAACCUCCAAGAUGACUUGGCUAUGGAAUGUGGAACAUGUGGUAAGAAAAAGAAGAACCCUUGUGCGAAAAAAAAGAAGAAAAGUUGUCCCAAGAAGAAGCGUAAUCCGUGUGCUAAGAAGAAAAAACCAUCGUGUAAGAAAAAGCCUAAUCCGUGCAAGAAGAAGAAAAAGCGUCGUCAAAUUUGUUGCUAAUAAGUAACAAAUUUUCAAUGCAGACUGGAGCAAAAAUAUGAAAUUAGGUGGAAAUUUUCAACUCUUGUUUCCAGUCUGUUAAAUCCACCGGACAAAAAACAGGUC